UGCUGACCUGGAAUCCAUCCAUGGGAAAGUGUCUCAUCUCCCUGAUCCCGUUACUCAUGGGUUCUUCUUGCCCAAACACCCUCCUGCCCCAAAUACUUUUCAUUUAAUCUUGUUUCCUGACAGCCUGCACAGUUCUCAUUGAACCUUGGUGAAUUUAUUAAACUCUUUUACCUGUUUUUCUCCACACUCGAAUAUCUGUGUGUUAUCAGAGUGUUCGCCUGCCAUCAUGGCAACAGGCGGCUCGCAGACGGACGUGAAGAGCUCCCUGAAUGGGAACUUGGAUUUAUAUCACAGCUGGUUCGGUUCUACAACUCCACGACCUCCUCUAAGAAACUAUCUGCUCCUGACCAUCCUCACCUGCUUCUGUCCAGCCUACCCUGUCAACAUUUUAGCCCUGGUCUUUUCUGUAAUGUCCAGAAAUAGUUAUGAUCAGGGGGAUUAUGAGGGAUCAAGGCGUUUAGGGAAGAUCGCGCUCUAUGUGUCCAUCGCAUCCAUCAUCAUCGGCAUCCUCAUCAUCACCAUCUUCUUCGCUGUGCAUUUCAGCACGAAGGAUGUUUAAUAUGCCAGUAUUUUUGUCAUGCUGUGCUCCGGGAGAAGGACGUCCACCGGGUCGCUCUGUCUGUCGAACUGAACAGAGAUGUUAGUAAUGAAACCAGGAGCAGGACAGAUCCAGCACAGGAUCUGCAGUCCAGCUCUGAAUGAACAUGCUUAUAAAAGAGAAGUAGAUGAUAGGGCUUCAAAUGUUGUAAAGAAAGGUUUUCAGACAAUCACAUUCAAUGUAUGCACUUUGUAAUCACUGAAUAGUAUGCAUCCAUGGAAUAUGUAAAUAAUUUUGUAAUCUAUGCAUGUCUGUUCUUUUUCUAAUUCUUUUUCUGGCUAUCCUGUAUUUAAAUGUACAGCUAUAGGUUUCAGGGUUGAAUUUCGAAGUAAAAAUUAUUAAUAAUGACCUUAACUAGUAACUAUCAUUACAACACAUCACACUGUUUUCAGUCAUCAAGUCUUAAAAGCUCUUAUAAAUAAUGUAAAAACUAAUCAUGGACAUACUGAAUAUGUAAACAUUACUAAUUUUUGGUGCUUAAAGUUUUCCUCUGCCAGUAGAUCAUGAAAACAAUGAAAUGGGGUCUUAAUUUUUUAUAACCAAUUAAUAUUGAUUCUUUGUAUUUGAGUUUAACAUUUAAUCACACAGGCUAUUUAGUCUAUUGUAGAAAUUUUUGUUUUACUGAAUAUUUUACAAAUUAAAAACACUAAUUUGGAAUUACAUGUUUUGAUGAACUUUUCCUAAUUAACUAAUAAAUCUAAUUUAUAAAGCACCAUUCAUACAAAGCUCAAAUAUGUCAUUUUUGCAUCACUAAUGCCAAUGCAUGAAAUUACCCACAACUGUGUGUGGUAUUAUAAUAAAAAUAACAAUAAUGCCAGUUUCCAAACAAAACAGAA